AUGCAAUGUUUGGACAAGAAUUUCGCAGCGACAAGAUGUCCAACCGAGUUCAAGAAGGAUGUAGCAGUCUACUACUUGGAGAAAGAAGCCCUAGGAUGGUGGAACAGUGUUGAUAGGCAAACCAACCACACUAUAAUCAUAUGGGAAGCUUUUCAAAGAGAAUUUAGAAGGAAAUACUUUCCUUUGGAAGCAAGAGAUCGCAUGGAGCAAGCCUUUGUUACUCUUACACAAGGAACCAAAAGUGUACGAGAAUAUGAAGCAGAGUUUAUACGCCUCCAGAAGUAUGUCAACUAUGGAUAUGGUGACGAUGGAGUUAUGGUCAGAAAUUCUUACAAGGACUUACACCGGAGAUUGGCGGAAGACUACAAGCCGUAA